AUGGGGUUAAUGAAGGAGCAUGGAAGCGGCAGGGAUGUGCCGCAGCCCCGCGAAAGGGGGCCCGUCUUCACCCUGGACGAAGUGGCAAAGCAAAACACCGACAAGGAGACCUGGUUGGUCAUCAGCGGACGCAUCUAUGACAUCACCUGCUUCCACAGCGAGCAUCCAGAUGGAAAGGAGGUUCUGCUCAAACAAGCUGGUAGAGAUGCCACUGAGAACUUUGAAGAUAUUGGACACAUCUUGGAUGCCCAAGAGAUGCUCGACCAAUACCUUAUAGGAGAGGUUCAUCCAUGUGACCAUAAUCCUAAUGCCUCCAGGGUUCCAAACAAGUCUCCAUCUAAAGAAUCAAUCUGGACAGUCGGGCUCAUCCCUGUUUUAGGAGCCCUAGUCUUGGGAUUGAUGUAUCACUACUACGUGAUGGAUGUGAAAUCCUCCUGAUUUGACCUUGCUGAACCUUUA